AUGUCGUUUUUACCUGAGCUGAGGGAAGACCACCGCAAGGCUGCUGGUGCGGCCCUGGGCAUCGCCACCUUGGCAGGUGUCGGGGGCCUCCUCUGGCGAUGGAGGAGCCAGCGUGCGAGGACACUAAGCCGGCCCUUUGUUCUGAAGGACCUCGCAGGUGGUGAGACGGUGGAGGAUCCCCUCGCCGAGCUCACGCGAGUGGUCACCUGGCUACAGGAUGACAUCAUUCGACCCUUGGAUGCUCGGCUACCAGGCAAGCCCUUCGAGCAUGACCUGCUGGCAUUCCCAUUCACACCGAUGGUGCUGGUGGUGGGGAACCAUUCGGCUGGCAAGUCAACCUUCAUCAACCGACUCCUUGGUACGAGCGUGCAGGAGACAGGUGUCGCACCGACAGAUGACGGCUUUACCGUUCUGAACUUGGAGCCAUGCAGCUCCGAUGCGGGGAGUUUGGGUGGUAGCCGCGACCUCCGCAAUGAGGAGAUGGAUGGCUUCUUCCGGCGGAAGGUCCACAUUCAAGUCAUAAAUUGCUCGCAGUGGUCGUCACUGAUAUUUGCCGGGGAGUUUUUCAACUCGGGCGGCUGGGUGGGUCCGCGCUUGGAGGAGGUUUGCGAGGAUGCAUGCAUUGAGCUGGAAAGCAAUAGCUGGACAUCUGGCCUUUCUGGCUAUGUCACCUUUCGCAACAGCGAUCACUCACAGUUUUUCUGCGUCGUUGUGUCGUUUCCCUUGUUGGGUUCAUGCUGCUUUACGGCUCGCUUCGGCGCAGACCAUGGGUUGCGAGACCCUGCUGGUUUGCUGGAGAACGCACCGCCGCUUCUACCUGCAGACCACGGCCUCACCCGUGCCGAGGGGUGCACCUGGGAAGCACUUGAUGUGGGAGUCCAGGAUAUGGCGGUGAUACGCUGCGUCCUGCUUCCGAACAAAAUGAAGCGUCUAUCCGAAGAUUUCUCCUCAGCAUUGAAGAAUGCCGCAUGGUGUGCUACAUCCAGCGAGGACGGGGCUGCUGCCACUCGCCUUGGCAGGAGAAGUGGUCGCAUCACGGAGCGGCGUCUUGAGGUCGAAAUCGAGAACCAGUCGUCAGAGUCGUUCCUCUUCGACAACGAUUGGUUCAAGCAUGGAAGCUGGGUGGAUGGUGCGGUGGACUGCCUGCCACCAGGAACCACGACGACCCUGAAGCUGUGCAACUCCGACUUAACCUCCGGGGUCAGUGGCCUUUUCUGGUACGUGAACGAGGCUCGCUUCGACGUGUACCUCAGCCUAGUGUUCUCCCAUCCUUUAGCCAGUGAGGCAGCCUUCGAUGCCUUUCUGGGAGCUCCACCUGCCGAGUUGCACAGCGAAUGGUGCCAGGCGCCGCCGGUGAGCGGCGAAAGCAACAGGCACGGCUGCCACUGGCGGGUCCUCGAGCGUGGCCCGGUCCUUCGCCUGAAGGUCACGCUUCCGGAAUCGCUGCCGCGGGCCGCCAGUGGUUUGCUCAUGCCGGAGGCCGAAGAGAGGGCGCUGGCGGUGCGCGGCGAGGCCCAAGCACAGGCCCAGCAAGGGCGCGACGAGUCGGAGGUGACAGCUCCCAGCUUCAUGGAUGUGACCCGACCGAGAGACUUCAUCGACGGCGUGGGGAGUGGCCUCACGGCCGCCUCUGUCGGCUUUGCGGCAGGCGGCGCGGCGUUGGUGGCCGCGCCCGCCGUCGGCCUCUCCGAGGGCGGCGUGCCCGGCUUCGUGCUGGGCCUGGCUCAGGGCGGCGCCGCUGCUUUGGGUUUGGCGGCCUGCGGCACCGCUGCCUGCGCUGCCCAGGUGGCGCGGGGCAUGCUGAACACACCGGAGGCCCUCAUGCAGCAAGAUGGGACGAGAUGGGAUAGUACUCGCGGCAAGUGGGUGGACGACUUCGUUAACCUUCAAGAGGAAGAGGCGCAGGCCGACAAGGCUCCGGAGGACUGCGAAUCAGAGGAGGACUCGCCCUUGUUCGGCAGUGCCUACAAGAAGGAGGUUGCAGACUCGUCCUACUACGACAUCAUCGGCGUGAAGCCUGGAUCUCUGCCUGCCGACAUUAAGAAGGCCUAUUACAAAGCUGCAUUGCAGGUGCAUCCAGACAAGAACCCCGGCGACGAGGAAGCGCAUGUGAAGUUCCAGCAGCUUUCGGCAGCGUACCGUGUGCUCAGUGACCCUCAGCUGCGCGAGCGAUACGAUCAAAUAGGUGAGGAGGCAACCAAGGAGGCAGAGCUGCCUUCAAUUGAUCCCAUCCUCUUCUUCGGCAUUCUCUUCGGCUCGGAGCAUUGCGAAAAGUACAUUGGCAAGUUGUACUUAGCCAUGCAGACGAACCAGCUGGCCAAAGAGCUCCAGCGUCAAAGCAAAGGCGGAGAGGACAUCCUGAAAACCAGGGGAGAAAGACAGAUGCAACUGCGCCAGCACCUGCGCGAGGUGCGCUGUGCGCGGCAUCUCCGACAUCUUGUAGAUGUAUGGGCUGUCCAACGCGAUGGCCGCAAUUUUGUCCGACAAAGUUCGGAGGAGGCCAGCUGCUUGAAUCAGUGCGCUUUUGGUGGGAGGCUCCUCAAAGCCAUCAGCCAAGCCUACCAGACUACAGCGGAAGACUACCUCUCCAGCCUCUACGGCCCGCUCACCUUAGAGUCACAGCUCUCUCGCUGGAGCCAUGGUUUUCAGGACGCUCAGCUGAAGACCUCAGCAGGCCUCAGUCUGGCGAAGGCUGCAUAUGCUGCAAACACCGUGGCUGCCAGUGUCCACCGAAGAAUGAGCGAGAAGAACCUGAAUGCAAGUUACAUUCCGGAGGGCGCCAAUGUCGUAGACAGUAAAAUCGCCGAGUCGUUGGAAGGCCAGCUACCCAUCUUCCUGCAGACGCUUUGGGACGUUUGUCUUCUGGACAUUACAUCUACCCUGAAGAAUGUCUCUGGCAAGGUGGUCAAGGAUGUCAGUGUCCCGUGGCAGCUGCGGGUGCGGCGGGCGCAGGCAUUGCUCCGCCUGGCACGCAUCUUUCGUGAUGCGGGGCAGCGCGAGGCUUCAGACACCAAGAAGGCAGAAGUCGCCAAGCAGCUCCUGGAAGAGGCGGAGGGCUCUGCAAUGCUCUGCUUGACAGCAGCUGCACACGUUCGUGUUGAGCUGUUACAUGACUCCGCGGACACAAUUCUAGGCCAGGGCCAGUCGGAGCCGGUCUUCAUUUUUAUUGCUGUGAGUGCACUUGGCAUUUCCGACACAUUGUUUGAAGCAAGGCCCAGGAACAAGGAGAUUGCUCAAGCAUGCGAGGAGCUUCAACGAUUCGGCCAGCCCUUCUGGGGCCACUUCCGCCGGAGGAAGCUGAUGCUGCCGCAGGAAAGCAUCAUGCCGUAUGGGCUGCAGAUCGUGGAUACUCCCGGUAUGAUCGACAUGCCCGUGAAGUCCGAGAGCAUGGCCGGUGGUCGAGGCUACAACUUCUUGGAAGUCGUCCGCUGGUUUGCGAAACGUGCGGAUCUGAUCCUGCUGCUCUUUGAUCCGGACAGGCCCGGAACAACGGGUGAGUCGUUGGAUGUGCUGACGCGCUCCAUGGCUGGGCUGGACCACAAGUUCGUCAUCAUCCUCAACAAGGUGGACCAGCUUGACAGCAGUGUGGACUUUGCGCGCGCCUACGGAACGCUCGGCUGGGCUUUGUCCAAGGUGAUUCCACGCAAGGACAUUCCUCAGAUCUACACGAUGUACAAUGCCGGGGUGGAGCACGCGGAGAACGGUGUCCGUGAACACAAGCUCCCACUGGAGGCCUUCCGGCAAAAACGCGAGGAGGUCGUCCAGGAGGUCCUCCGAGCGCGGACUCGCCACUGGGAUAAUGUCAUCACUGCGACGGAGGACACGCUGCGCCAGCUGGAGAUGGUGUGCACCGUCACCAGUGCUGUGAGCCAGCGUGUGCGGAGGCAAGCGAAGGAGGCAACCCUCUGGUCUUCUUGCUUAGUUGGCAUUCCAGCCAUGGUCGGAUUCAAGCUUCUGCAUGACCGAUGGGCAGGUAGCCGGUGGUUUGGCGCCAGCGCAGCUGGCGUUGCACUUCUCCUGACCUUCGGUGUCAGUCGGCUGGUCUCCGACUGCGAGGGCGGUGGGGCCCCACCGGAGGAAAAAGAUUAUGAGGCCCUCCUCACAGCUCAGCUGGACCAGCUCCGGGCGAAUCUGCUUCAGCAGCACCGGGCCGAGACGGAUCGGCUGCGCCAGCACAACCUCAAGCUCCGAGCUGAGCUGGGGCUCCUGCACCAGGGCAUAUCUGCCGAUGAUGACCCGUUGGUCACCGUGGCUGACAAGGACCUUGCAAACUCGCCAGCCCCGCUGUUGGUGGAGCUUCUUCCAGCAUCGGAUGAAAAAGAUCGCUUGACCGAGCCCGCACACAGGUGGGGCCUUCUCGUCGCUUCUUUACUGGACGGUGAGGACUCUGCUGACUGGGAUCCUGCCCCCGUUCCUCCUGCUGCGGCCAGCUUUACGCCGGCGCCUCUGCAAAUGAAAGCUUCCUGGGCAGCCGGUGUACACCAGAUGCGGCAAUUCAGAAGCUACCGGACAACACUGAGCUCGAAGAACAGCACGCUGCGGAUGCAAGAUGCUGUGCAAGAGGAGGAUAGCAUCUUCCAGCGCUUCGUCGUGGGCCCACGCAGCAAGCAGCAAAUGCUUUGGUCUACCGUCGGAGCAGUGUGGAUCGUCUGGGACCUGAUCACUAUUCCACUGGGUCUUUUUGAUGAUGAAGACUUCAUCCGGCUCAUGUCCAACGUGGCACGGGUCUCCUUCGUGUACUGGUUCUUCGACAUACCGGUUCACUUCUUCUUUGGCAUCGAGAAGCGAGGGAAGCUCGAAAUGCGGCCUUCCGUCCUUGCGAGACACUACUUGCGCGGGUGGUUCUUGGUGGAUGUCAUGAUCGUGGCGUUGGAUGCAACGCUAAUCCUGGUGGAAGCCCUGCGUGACAUGGGCGUGAAUUCGACCAUCUUUCGAUCUGCGCGCUUCCUUCGGACGCUGCGGCUGUUGCGGCUGCUUCGCCUUCUGCGCGUGGCGAAGCUUCAGCAGGAGCUCAUGAUCCUAGCAAACAGCUUUCUCUCGACUCAUGCGUUCAUGGUCGUGAAGAUUUGUGUCGGGCUGGUCAUGAUGCUGAUGAUCAAUCACGUUAUUGCUUGCUGCUGGUACGGCAUCGGUACCUUUGACAUGAAUGGCAAGAACUGGAUUGCGCAAGCAGAAAUGGAGUCAGCCCCUUUCGGCGAGGCUUAUGCUGCAUCGAUGCACUGGGCGCUAACCCAGUUUACACCGGCCACGCAGGACAUCGCUGCGAGCAAUGCGGUGGAGCGCGUGUUCGCUCUCCUAGUCAUUCUCAUGGCCAUUGGGGUCUUCUCGUCCUUCAUUACUUCCAUCACGGCUACAAUGAGCUCUUUGCGGAAAGCAAGAGACGACAACAACAAGACGCAGAUGACUCUGUUCCGCUUCUUCAACCAACGGAAUCUUUCGGUGGGCCUAUAUGGCAAAGUCGAGGAAGCUCUGCGGUUAGAUGGUCUCGCGUCAGUGCGUGUGAAGGAGAGUGAAGUUCCGGUUCUGGCCAGGAUGCCGGAGCGGCUGAGAAUGCAGCUGCACGAGGAGAUGUACAUGUCGAUGGUCAACGUCCUUGGCUUUUGGCCCGAUUCUGCACCGGACCACCAGUACUUCUACUCCAACCUUUGCCACACAUGCAUCUCUGAGGAAGUUUGCACGCAGCAGCAGGACGUCUUCAUGCCCGGCACCGACUGCAAGCACGUCCUGGUCAUCGAAACGGGCCUGAUGCACUACUUCGCGCGAAACCAGGCGCACGUCCUGACUCGCAACCAGGAAGUCCAGAGCGAGGACGUCUUAUGCCUGCCAUGCCUCUGGGCCGAUUGGCAACACCGCGGCCGGCUCACUGCCAGCACUGGAACCUCCUACUACGGCAAAGUGAAUGCAGACGAGUUUGCUCUCUUGGCGCGCAAAUUCGGCGGUGCUUUCUGGGUUCAUCUGCAGAUUUUCGGUAUACUCUUGAUCAGCGAGAUCGAGAACAGAGAUGAGCGAAGCAGUAUCAGCGAGCAUAUUACGGACAUCCAGAUGAGCAAGGAUGAGCUGCAGCGCAUGAAGAGCCGCGCUGACUCGUAUGUGGCAAUUCUGCAGGCAAACGACACUGCGUACUCCGGCAGAGCAGAGUCGACGGUGAGCCUCCACUCGAGGAUUCCCCUGCCGGUCACUGCAACCAGGUCCGGUAUGGAUUCCGGUCGGAACAGCUUUCGGGAAAGCCACGAGGAGCGGCGCAUGAGUCGCUCCUACGACAGCCACAUCGGCACAGACCAUGCGGAGAAAGAUGUUGUCUCGGUUCUCUGA